GCCACGAUAAACCUUUACCAGAAAAUAUUGAAGGAGCUCGGUUCCUCACUCGAAGCUGUCAAUCCGCAUUCCAAUACAUGCGGCCUUCCAAAGGAGACCCAUGGUUUCCGUGAAGGAAUAAUGGAUGGUUCUUUCACGGCAGAGAUAUGCGAGCUUAAGGCUGCUAACGGCCGCAUCCAAGUGGAAUUGGAACGCACUCGUUCUCGGCUAGAUGAUUGUCUUCGCGAAAGUAAUACGCUCCGGGCUGAAGCCAACCACCUCCGCCACGAUAGGCAGAUUCUUGAGUCGGAAAACGAGAUGCUGCGUGAUAAGCUGGUAGAGACAAGAAGGGGCAUCGCUGGAGCAAUGCAGACACUGGGUUCGCUGCAAUCAGAGGGAACGGACAUCGCACUUGAUGACAACGACAGCCAAUCAUCAGCCUUUGGCAGCCAUGCAGCAUCAAGCGAGAUCUAA